GUUCAUUUAGGGUUCUGAAGAAAGAAAGAGGUCUCAGACGAAACCCUAAAAAUGGGUGGAAAGUGCCCUAGCCGGAAGGUUAAGAAGAGAAGAUAUUCUCACAAAACGGCUCGACGUGACAAAUUCCUCCUCAAAGGCGACGAUGCCGUCUACGACGAGCUUAACAAGCCAGAGGGUGAGAAGAAGCCCUUGCCCGUUGACGAAGAUUUACCUGGGAUGGGCCAAUACUACUGCUUGCACUGCGAUCGGUACUUUGCGAAUGUGGCGGUCAGGGAUGAACAUUUCAAGACGAAGCGUCACAAGAAGCGUUUAAAGCAAAUGAUGGGGCCUGCACCCCAUACCCAACUUGAUGCUGACUUGGCUGCUGGAAUGGGUCUGCCAGAUAAUGGUCCAAAGCUUAUGUCAAUUUGAGCUGUUCUUCCUCUCUUUCUCUGGCUUUUUUUGGUCCAAAUUAAAUUUCUUCACACAGAUAUUGAGUUAGCUAAGAGUAGCCUUCUCAUAAUAGAAGAGAUUUGAUCUUGUAUAAUUUGGUUUCUCCUGUUAUAGCUAGCACUUUUAUUACAGUAUUGGCCAAAAGUGAUUGUAAACAUCUUUUAUAUUCUUUGUUUCCUCUAUGCCAGUGUUUUUUAGUCA